CAUCAACUCAAGCUUCACAUCCAAUACACUUCCACCAACAAUCACUUCAAACGAAUCACCCUUUCCACAACACCAACACCAUCAUCAUGAAGUUCUCCGCUGCUGUUCUUGGCUUCGCCAGCCUCGCAUCUGCCAUCUCUGUCUCCUACGACCAAGGUUACGACGAUGCUGGCCGCUCCCUUACCUCCGUCUCCUGCUCAGAUGGUAACAACGGUCUGAUCACCAAGUACGGUUGGCAGAACCAGGGAGCCGUCGCUGGCUUCCCUCGCAUCGGAGGAUACUCGGGUAUUGCUGGAUGGAACAGCGCUCAGUGCGGUACUUGCUACGGCAUCACCUACAACGGCAACACCAUCUACGUUCUUGCUGUUGACCACGCUGGUGAUGGUUUCAACAUCGCCAAGCAGGCCAUGGACCAGCUCACCAACGGCCAGGCCGCUGGUCUUGGUCGCAUCGACGCAAACUACCAGCAGGUCGCGACCAGCAACUGCGGAUUGUAGAAUCCGUCACUCGUGCGAUAGAGGCGAGCCGAGGAUGGCAGUAAUGUCUAUUUUUCACAGUAUAUACUUGCAUAGCGUUUGUUCCGCAUUUACAGGCGACUAGAUCACUCCUUUAUGAUAGCAUGGCAGGGAAAAUGAUGAAUGUUAAUUUUUCAAAUCAAGUCGAAUCUUCGUA